CGGUGCCAGCAGUUCCCUAACGGUCCUGUACAGUCAUAAUUAUACACAAUUACCUCAAUCAAAUCAAUCUUUAAUUUUGACCCUAUUUUGACCGUUCCGGUUACGCUGUAUCUGACAGGCUGUGGGCAUCUGACAGUUCAACACAGGUUACACCCGUAGACGACCAUUCGUCAACCCCUAUUUUAUGUCAAUUAACGUCUCUUCACUCUGACAACGACAUAUCGUCGGCAGGACAAACCGUGCAUAUCUUAAACCAGACCCAGCAGUGCCGAGUAUAUGAAACUUAUACGUUGGGACUCUUACUCGCCCUCACUGACGCCAUGCCUGCGACCACCGACCCCUCUUCCACUCUGGCAUCAUUGCUGCAUGCGUUUAACACCGACGACUACCAAGUUCUCGAAGCCGCCAACGCUGCGUUGAAAUCCUCAAGCCCUGAUCCAAAGGCUCUAGCUGCCAAAGUCGUUGCCCUACUCCGGCUAGACCGGUUCGAUGACGCCUUACGUGCUCUUGCGGAAGCAGGGAGUGACGCCGAGGAGGCCUGCACACUCCAAAGAUGCUAUGCGCUGUACAAGUCGGGAGACUUAGACGGAGCGUCCGCCCUUGCUCAAUUGUCGCUUACAAGGGGGAGGGCCUAUUUUCACAUUGCCGCGCAAGCGGCUUACCGCGCCGAGAAGUUCCAAGAUGCUUCGGCCCUUUACACUGCGUUGGUGUCAUCCGAGAAUGGCGCGGCUUGGGAGGAGAGCGAUUUAGCAAUCAACUCACUGGCAGUAACCGCACAACAAAACUGGCAAGGCGCUGAUUCCCGCAAUGACGAACACACCUCGACACCAGUAGCGCCACAUUCUUUCGAACUGGCGUACAAUAUGGCCUGCUGCAACAUUAGCUGUGGGGAAUUUUUGAAGGCCUUGACAUUGCUUAAGCUUGCCAGUCGCCUCUGUAGCACCUCGGAUGAUCUUUCCGAAGAUGAGCGGCGAGCGGAGAUGGUCCCGAUUCUUGUCCAGGAGAUGUAUACCUACUCUAGAUUGGGAAAGCAGGCUGAGGCCCAGAGUGCCCUUGACCAGUUAUCAUCAUAUGGAUUUGAGGACGAUGAGAUCAAAUUGAUAAUAGAAAACAACAGCUCCGCCUUGCAAGCACACGGUGGCAAUGCGUUUUCAACUCUACGCCAGGUUGAGCGGGCCUUGGGCCCAUCCAAGAGCGUCCGAUUAUUUCAACACCAAGAGCAUCGACUGGAACGCAACCGGUUCGCGCUUGCACUUCGUGCCCAGAAAUACCCCGGGGUUGUGCACAGGACAAAAUGUCUGCUGGAGACGUCCACUAGAGUUUCUUCCGACGUCUUUGUGUUAUCUACCGUCAACGCCGCUGCACGCUCUCUACAGGGUUCUGGGGUGAUGUCACUUCGUGAUAUCCUCGCGGUCGCCAUCACACGACCUAGUGACAUAGGUGCCGCACUCACGGCGAUACAAUUGUACGCGGCCUCGAACCGCCCUGAAGCAGCUCUGCACACCUUGGAAGUUCUAUUCACUGAGCUGGAAGAAAGAAACGCUUUGGAGAUGCGGUUCUCUCCUGGUCUUGUUGCUCUGGCUGUAACACUUCACAGACUCCAGGGUCGCGUGAAAUGCAUGCGAGCAGACCUUGCCAAGGCUUCGUUAUACUGGAAUAAGCAGGGCAAUGUUCCUAGGGGCUUGCUUCGAACCGCUGGAGCCGAACUUCUCAAAUCCCCAGACGCUGCCGACCUGGCAACCGCCCAGGCUGAUUUUCAGAAAGUCCAUAGCCACACAGCCGAGGAUCCUAUCGCGACGACCGGCCUCAUUGCCUCCUUCGCCACAAACAACCAGGCCAAAGCAGAAGGGCUGAUCGGCGAUCUUCCACCUGCGGCCGACCUCGCCCAUAACGUCGACGUCCAGGGCUUGGUAAAUGCUGGUUUGGUGCUGGCUCAGACCUCUCCGGUGGCUGCUUCUGGAAAACGCUCCACUGAAGUUGGCGGGAACCAUAAAACUCGCCAAACAAGAAGGUUGAGGAAUUCACACAAGAGCCACGAGGAAGGAAAGGUGUUGGACCCAGAGCGGUGGCUCCCGCUACGUGACCGGUCUUCAUCCCGGUUGAAAGGUAAAAAAGCAAAGCGGAAGGCCAAUGAGAACACCCAAGGAGGUAUCGUCAGGGAGGAAGAGACACUCGAGUUGGCGGGAGGAGCCGGGUCUGUUAAAGUGGAAAAGGCGCAAGCUUCGUCGGGCUCAUUCAAUAGCAAGAAGAAGAAGGGCAAGAAAUAGAGUUGCUAUGUCACCUUGUGACCGACCGGUCUAUUACAGGAGUUAGGACAUCAGAAUGAUGUAUAUAACGUACCCAAUCCCUACGUUACCUCCCUUACCUAGAUAGAUAGGUACGUCCCCACCCCGGCUUUUGGAACACCCCCCCUUUUGGAACACCAAUUACACCAAAAAACUGCUUUUUCGACCCCUGCUAUUGUAUUUAAUAAAAUAGUAAAUAUUAUACAAAUAAAACCCUAUAUAGAU